AUGUUGCAGGUCCAACUUCCUCCAAACAAACCCUAAGACCAAUGCAUGGCUUGUGAAUAAGAAGAAUAUUUUCCACUUCUAUCUCCCUUUCCCUUUAUGAUAUGGAGAUGAUGAUCAUAUGAAUGUCUAUAGCCGAACGCAUCUCAUCCUAUCGCACCGCACGCCUCCUGAAACCACACCACACUUCGCUGUAGAACUGUCAUUGUGAAGCCGAAGAAGCUUUCUAACCUCUCCUGGGCGAGGGAGCAGGGAAAUUGGAGCCGAAAGCUGAGUCGAUUGCUCUCCAUUACUGUGAGUAGAGGGAGAUAAUGAAAUGAAUGAAGCGCCUCUAUGGGCUGAGAAGGGGAGCUAUCUUCUCACAAAGCCAUGUGGUCCUCCUUCUGGAGAUCCAGAAAUCGUUUCUCAUUGGACGAGUUCAGAUACCUUACUGAUCAUUUGAUGAAAGUUCAAAUCGUUAAUGAAGCUAACACGGAUUUUGUAAUCGAGGCACUGCGAUCAAUCGCAGAGUUGAUAACAUAUGGUGAUCAACAUGAUGUAGCUUUUUUUGAGUUUUUCAUGGAGAGACAGGUCAUGGGGGAGUUCGUACGUAUUUUAAAAAUUAGUAGAAAUAUUAUUGUGUCGCUACAGUUGCUGCAGACAAUGAGUAUUAUGAUCCAAAACUUAAGAAGGGAACAGUCUAUAUAUUAUAUUUUUUGUAAUGAGCACAUUAAUUACUUUAUAUCCUACUCCUUUGACUUUCAAAAUGAAGAGCUAUUGUCUUACUACAUAUCAUUUCUGAGAGCAAUAAGUGGAAGGUUGAACAAGAACACUAUUUCUCUUCUUGUCAAGACGCAAAGUGAUGAAGUAGUUUCAUUUCCACUUUAUGUGGAGGCAAUACGGUUUGCAUUUCAUGAAGAAGGCAUGAUUCGAACGGCAGUCCGUGCUUUAACACUGAAUGUUUAUCAUGUUGGUGAUGAGGCUGUUAACAGAUAUGUAGCCAGUGCACCUCAUGCAACUUAUUUCUCAAGUUUGAUCACAUUUUUCCGAGCGCAAUGCAUCAGCUUAAAUAGAUUUGUGUCAAAUACCUCUAUGAGUUUGGGUGCAGAUGCAAUCUCUUCUGCCAAUCCAUCUGUUGAUGAGAUCGAAGACAAUCUGUACUACAUCAGUGAUGUUAUUUCAGCCGGAAUCCCAGAUAUUGGGAGGUUGAUUACGGAGAACAUAUUGAAGUUUUUGAUAUUUCCGUUGGUUCUUCCUUCUUUAAGGACGGAAACUAUUGAUGAUGCAGAAAUUGGCACUGCAACUUCUUUGUAUUUACUUUGUAGCAUUUUACGUAUUGUUAAGAUCAAAGAUCUAGCAAAUAGUAUUGCUGCUUCCCUUCUAUGCUGCAUAAAAACUUUCUGGCACAGAUCUGAACCCAAUAUCAAUGGAUACAUGUCAAGUGAUAACUUGAUGGAAAAAUGUAGAGAAUCUGAUAUUGGUGACGUAAAGCUGAAACCUGAAGAAAGACUUUUACAGGUUUCUGUAAAAGACUUGUCUAGUUCACAGAACCAAUUGGAAGGCAUCUUGCAUCCGGAAUGCAGUGGCUCCCAUUUUACACCAAGGGAGGCCUUGCUUUCUUAUAUCAUCUGCGGCGACGAUGCUAAGGUUUCAGGUUCUUUAAGUGUGCUGGCCACUCUAUUACAAACCAAAGAACUGGAUGAAGUAAUGUUAGAUGCUCUUGGAAUUCUUCCACAACGGAAACAACAAAAGAAACUCUUGCUGCAAGCUUUGGUUGGUGAGGAAUCUGGUGAGGAGCAACUUUUUUGCCCUCAAAGUAAUGUAAUUAAAGGCGGCUUCAGUGGUGAGCUUAAUAGCUACCUGCAAAAGCUAAAGGAUCAUUGUGGAGUUGGAUGUUCUUGCAUAAAUAUUGGAACAACUCCUCGCAUAAAUAAAUGUCAAGUACUCGAUGCAUUGGUCAGUCUUUUCUGCAGGUCAAACAUAUCUGCAGAAACACUAUGGCUUGGUGGUUGGCUUUUGCGCCAACUCCUUCCUCAAAGUGAUGCCCAUUUUAAUAGUAAUCACCGUAAAUUGCUUGACGGCUCAUACUGUAUCUGCACCCAGCACAUUCUUGAAGAAACAAGAGGAUCUUGGCCUGAUCUAUUGAUUUCGGUUAUCAGUAAUGAGUGGAGAAACUGCAAAAGAGCAAUUGAAGCUUCAUCACCUCAGAAAGAUCCUAAAUCCAUGCUUUUGCUGCCAAAGAAAUCUGCUUCUGAAGAUCUGUUUUCAAGUGAUUCAUCUAUUGCUGCUGGUGAAAGAAUGUGCGAGACUGUGAAGGUUUUUGUACUUGUUCAUCAACUCCGUUCAUUCUCAAUUGGCAAGGUUUUGCCUGAUCAACCUUUGAUAGAGCCUCCAAAUAAUGUUCUGGGAAGCCCCCGUGCAAAAACUGCUGGAGUGAAUAGUUUGGGUGCAAAACCAAACAGCGAACUAAAUCUUGCGGGUUCGGUGCCUUGUAGAAUUGCAUUUGAGAGGGGCAAAGAGCGUCAUUUUUUCUUUUUAGCCAUCAAUGUAGGAAUAUCUGGUUGGCUCAUCCUUGCAGAAGAGUUACAGCAGAGACCUCAUUUUGGUCUGGUGCGAGUUGUAGCCCCUUUGGCCGGUUGCAAUCCCACAAGGGAUGACAAGCAUCCAAAAUGGUUGCACCUUCGGAUACGUCCAUCUUCAUUUCCUUGUAUGGAUGGCGGCAAACACUCUCUUCCCUCAAAACUUUGCAGGGGAAAAGCCGUAGUGGACGGAAGGUGGACGUUAGCAUUUCGGGAUGAGGAAUCUUGCAAAUCUGCGUGGUCUAUGAUACUUGAAGAGAUUAAUUUCCAAACAAUUGAAGUGGAAAGAAGGAUAAGGCCCUUGCUUGUUGAUAUUGAAUGUUAGUCAAUUUGGAAGCUUGACGCCACAUAAAAAAUUGCAAGAUUCUUUCACUCGUGUAUGAGAUUCCUUGUGUACUCCAAUAAUUUUAUUUACACAUGCUUUGGAGGUUAGUAUAACCUGACAUCCCUUCUAUACUGCCUUUGUAAAUAAAGGUAUAGGAAACCAUAGUGAUGUACUAUUGUAGAUAAUGUUAGUGUGGAAGACCAGUUCAAUGUAAAUUAUGCUCCCUCUGUAUAUGCUUAAACAAAGUGUUUUGGCAUUUGGUCGGUCAUAUUUUUCAUGAAUGAAAUGUAGUUGGUUAAUUCGAGAAGAAAACCCGACCACGAGAAUCGUCUUGCAAGGAGUGACAAGAAAGUUUUAAAUACAGACGGAAAAGAUGGGGACAG